ACGUGACCACCCCGGAAAACAACAAACCGGGCGGUUAGCGAAAUGUAACAACCACGGAGAGUACUUUACCUUCUUUUACUUCCCUGUUGUCUGUCUUUCGUUUAACGUUAUCUUAAUGUGUUUUAAAAACGAGAAAUUCAAUGAAACAGUAUGCCUUUCAAAGGCCAAGUGUUGGACAUACUUUCCGUCAUUUAGCUUUGUUUAGCUAACGUUUGGUUAAGUUUAACCAUUUCAAAAUGCGGAGUGAUUCUCUUCUCUCGAGCGUUAACGUGGUGCUUGUAAUGGCCUUCGGUAGUCUGGUGUUUGUUUUGCUGUUUAUCUUUGUCAAAAGACAAAUUAUGCGAUUUGCCAUGAAGUCUCGGAGAGGACCACAUGUUCCCCUUGGCCACAAUGCUCCUAAGGAGUUGAGACAAGUAAUUGAAGCCAAACUGUGCCAGGUCCAGAAAAUCCACUUUGAGCCUCGUCUGCUCUCCCCAGAUGAUGACCGGCUAAAACACAAAGAACAUUCUGGUCAGAGAGAAACACAGACACACACACCAGUCCUGAAACUAUCUACACUGUUGCAAUACCACCUGCACUUUCUGUCAACAGAUCUUCCUUUCCGUGAACUGGGUGGCACAUCCACCGCUGUGACGGGUAAAAGACUUCGGACCUGGCUUCUACAUCUACGAAACUCCCACUGUGUGUUCCGAGACAGUCUGAGCUCGCUCAUCGACAAAGUGCUGGAUGGGUACAGCAAAGCACGUCACGGGGCUGAGGCUUUUGGCGAAGCAGAAUUUUUGAAAUACCAGGAAGCUCUAACUGAACUGGCGUCUGUUGUCAAGUCUCACAGCAGCAGCACUCCGAGCCAGUACCACCAGUCCGCAGCCAAAGACCUGAGCAGCACCACAGAGCUUGCAAGCUUCUCCUCCUCCCCCACCCAAACCACCUACCUCACAUCUUCAGUGCAGCAGCGUAGCAAGCGGCCUGGACACUUCCUGGAGAUGAAGAACUUCAAAGACAACUACAACACUCUGGACAGCUCCUUCUGAAAACUUGUGACCCCCAUCCAAAAGAAAGUUCAAAGACAAGGUAGUGCUGCCAGUAAUUAAAGUGCCUACGGACAACGGGUCACUGUCGCCAGAUAGUUACGAGUGAAAUGAAAAACACUGCCUUCAUGUAUUAACACAUAUUGCCUGGUUUACAGUAUAAUGCAUAUCAGACUCAGUGCUCUUUACCUAAGUGUAGCUUAUGCAUAUAUCCUGUAUUAAUGCAUGUUUGAGUGCUAUAAUUAGGUAGGAAAGUGACUAUAAUAAGUAGGGUUGAUUUGACCAAAACAAAAACAGUCAUGUGGCUAUGCAAUGACAAGACAAUCAUAUUUAUUGCACAGUGUACCUAUGCAGACUUGUUAGAAUUAACCGACUGUAUUUAAACACGUUAAUAGUUAACAAAGAUUGUAGAGAAAACCAAUAUUAAUGGUGGAAAAACACACACUGUUUAUGUCACUUAUGUUUACAUCUAUAUAUGUCUUUUUUUAAGCCUUAAAUGUUUGUCUUACAGAAGCCAUACUUGAUUUAAUGAAUUUUUAUGAUUAAGUGCUCUUUUGAUUUAAUCGUUCUCUCAGUGCAAUGUAACAGUAACAGUAUUCCAGUGCAUUAAUGCAUUCUGAAUGUUGCAUCAGGGGAAGUCUCUUUCUGGACUUUUUUUUGUCUUUUUUAGACAGGGACCUAGUAUUCAGGGUUCCCAGUGAAGCAAGUGAUGUCCAUGCUUGAAUAAUUUUAUUUUCUGUGGUGCUUAUUGUACAAGUUGCCAUCCAAAUAAAACUGUGACGUACUGUCAAAAUGUU